UCAAAGGCAUUCGCCCGUCGUAGAUAGAGGUUUCUUUCCGGCGAUUGCCGCCGCCGUAACGGAUUCUGUGUCCAUCGGAGAAUCAGCAGUACUAUCGAAGACUAAAAGAUAGAAAGCCCUAGACGUCACUUUGCCUUCGGGUUUUUUCGGGGUUCUCCAAUCAUGGCGUCUCCUGCUGUUCUUCCAGCUUCUGGGAUGUCUGGUGAAAAUGAUAGCACGCAGAACAGUAUCCUAGCUUGUAAUAUUUCCAGAAUGGCGAUCAACUUGGAAUCAGGGAAGAAAAGAAGGAUCUCUUUGGAUGGAGAUUCUCUCUUAAGUAGAUAUUCCAGAGAGAUUAAAGAUUUGUUGCCUAAGUUGUGUUCGCCUGACUACUUCAUUAAACCAUGCAUAAACGAGCUGGCAGAGCGAGAAAUUGCCGACCCUGGCUACUGCGGCCGAGUUCCUGAUUUCAUUAUUGGCAGGAUUGGUUAUGGAUAUCUCAAAUAUCUUGGCAAUACAGAUGUUAGAAGGUUAGAUCUGGAUCAGAUUGUUAAGUUUCAUAGGCAUCAGGUGAAUGUUUAUGAUGAUGAGAGAUCCAAGCCUGUUGUCGAUAAGGGGCUUAACAAGGCUGCUGAGGUGACUCUGAUUGUAAACACAUCAUGUUCAAUUUGGGAAAAAGAACGGGUUCGUUAUAUUUCUUAUAAAUUAAAACAAAUUGCUGAGAGACAAGGAGCAACUUUCAUCUCUUUUAAUCCUGCUAAUAGCUCAUGGAAGUUUUUGGUUCCCCACUUCAGCAGAUUCGGGUUGAGUGAUGAUGAGGCAGAAGAUAUCGUAAUGGAUGAUGCGACAGGGUUUGAAGAUCCUGUGUUAAUGAAUGGUGACAAGAUAUCUGACAUUGAUGGAGAACAUCAGGUGGAAAUUUAUGAGCCAGAACUUUCUCACUCUCUUCCUGCCCAUCUAGGACUUGACCCCGUAAAGAUGAAGGAAAUGAGAAUGCUAAUGUUUCCCACUGAGGAUCAAGAAGAAAUGGAGGAGUUUAGAGGGCAAUCUUCUCAUCUGAGGUCAUCCUUAACAAAACGAAAUGCAAGACCUUCACAGAAAUUUGCUCCAAGAAGUAGUCAUCAAGAUACUCCUCCAGUUGUGCGGAAAACUCCACUAGCUUUGUUGGAGUAUACCCCUGGUAGCGAUAAAAACUCUCCAGGUAGUAUCCUGAUGGCCCAGCAAAAUAAGGAGUUAGCAGUGCCGAAGUCGAAAACUAGAGGUUUUGAGCUGGACCUCAGCCAUGUUACACCAGUGACUGAAAGCCACUCCCGCAAUGUUGUUGAUGCUGCAUUAUUCAUGGGAAGGUCGUUCCGGGCAGGGUGGGGCCCGAAUGGUGUUCUCUUCCACACCGGCACACCGAUAGGCAGUUCUAGUUCCCAAAGGGUAUUGUCUUCGGUGAUCAAUGUAGAAAAACUAGCAGUUGACAGAGUGGUUCGAGAUGAAAACGAAAAAGUUAAAAAAGAACUCGUUAACGCUGCAUUUGGGGCCCCUCUAAGUCUUCACAAGGAACUAGACCAUGAGACAGAAGAAGUUGUGGUUGGCUCUUUCAAGCUUAAACUCCAUAAAGUAGUUACUGAUCGGGUGAUUCUUUCUGAUAUAUGCCGAAGCUAUAUAGAUGUAAUCGAGAAACAGCUGGAGGUUCCUGGGUUAUCCCCCUCUGCCAAGCUGGUUUUGAUGCACCAAGUAAUGGGUUGGGAACUGAUAAAGGUUCUAUUUUCUGAGAGAGAGAAUGCUGAACGCUCAAAAUCUGUUGCGUCUGAUAAUGAGGAAGACAUGAUGCAGGAUAUGGAGGAAGAUUCGUCAGAAACUGACCCAGAGGCUCUUCCGCUUGUCCGAAGAGCAGAGUUCAGCUGUUGGCUCCAGGAGAGUGUCAGUCACCGUGUGCAGGAAGAUGUGAGCUCUUUGAAUGGAGGUUACCUUGAGCACUUGUUCUUUCUUCUAACCGGGCGACAGCUUGAUUCGGCUGUUGAACUUGCCAUAUCUAAGGGGGAUGUGAGACUUGCUUGUUUAUUGAGCCAGGCUGGUGGGUCAACUGUAAACCGCACUGAUAUUGGACGGCAGCUCGAGCUUUGGAGAAUGAAUGGGCUGGACUUUAAUUACAUGGAGAAGGAGAGGAUUAGGCUUUUUGAGUUGCUCGCAGGUAAUAUCCUUGACGCGUUGCAAGAUGUUACAAUGGACUGGAAGCGAUUCCUUGGGUUGCUGAUGUGGUAUCAACUCCCUUCCAUCAGUCCAUUACCUGUAAUUUUCAGAAAUUAUCAACACUUGUUAGAUAAGGGACAAGCUCCUCGGCCUGUCCCAAUAUAUAUUGAUGAAGGCCCAGCUGAUAGCCUUGUGAAAAACGAUGAGCAUUUGGACCUCUUGUAUUAUCUCAUGCUUCUGCACAGCAGUGAAGAGAAUGAAUUUGCUUUUCUGAAGACUAUGUUUAGCGCCUUCUCUUCAACCGACGAUCCUCUUGAUUAUCAUAUGAUCUGGCACCAGCGAGGAGUUCUAGAGGCAGUUGGAGCUUUCACUUCCAAUGACCUUCAAGCUAUUGAUAUGGGAUUUGUCACACAGCUUCUUUCUCAAGGCCUAUGUCAUUGGGCUAUCUAUGUGGUUCUUCACAUGCCUCACCAUGAAGACUAUCCAUUUCUGCAGGUUAAUGUAAUUCGUGAAAUCUUGUUUCAGUUCUGUGAAACUUGGAGUUCCGAUGAAUCACAACGACAAUUUAUCAAGGACUUGGGUGUCCCUUCUGAAUGGAUGCAUGAAGCCCUUGCAGUUUAUUACAAUUACCAUGGAGAUUCUACAAAGGCCCUUGAACACUUUCUUGAUUAUGCGAAUUGGCGACGAGCUCAUUCCAUUUUCAUAACUUCCGUUGCUCAUUCAUUAUUUUUGUCAGCUAACCAUUCAGAGAUAUGGAGGAUUGCAACGUCAAUGGAUGAUCAUAAGUCUGAGAUUGAAAAUUGGGACUUGGGUGCUGGGAUUUACAUAUCGUUUUAUCUGUUGAAGAGGUCACUGCAAGAAGAUGGUGAUACGAUGGCAGAACUGGAUUCCCUUGAGAGCAAAAACGAGUCUUGCAGAAGUUUCGUUGGCCGUUUAAACGAGUCAUUGGCUGUUUGGGGAGACAGAUUACCAGUUGAAGCCCAAGUUGCAUACUCGAAGAUGGCGGAGGAGAUCUGUGAUUUGCUUCUAUCCGACCUAAGCGAGGGCUCGAGCCGUGAUGCUCAGUUAAACUGUUUCGAGACAGCCUUUGCUGCGCCGUUGCCUGAAGAUCUUCGAUCAACUCAUUUGCAGGAUGCUGUCUCUCUCUUCACUCUCUACCUCUCAGAGAACGGCCAGACCACGGCUUAACUAGUUAAGGGAUCAUUCCCUUGUCUUAGAUUCUGCAGCUGUCCUUAGAUUUCGGAACUUGAGGCUUCGAGUUUGGAGAGUUCUGCUUCUUUUUGUCGGUUACUUGUCUGAAUUCUUCCUUGUCACUGAAUCAAAAUCAGGUAUUUGUUCCCUAAGAAUCUCAAUGUAACGGUCAAACUCUCAAAAUUGAAUACAGAUGUGAUGGAGCUUGAUGAA